AUGAGUCGUCCAGGAGCAUGGUCUCGUGUGAUGACAAAUUUUUGGAAGUACCUCCGAAAAGAUUGGUCUACUAAGCAUUACAUUGGAGAGGAUGCAGCUGGCCAUCGUUAUUAUGAAAUCCACAAUACUCGUCAGAACGUGGCACGUGGAUACGACCCACCUCCCAAUAAUCCAACUUCUCAACCAAGUGUUGAGUGGCAGUCGUGGCUGAAAGGCGCAAGAAGGUUCCCACCGUCAGAAGAGGAGAUUAAACUCAAUCGAGUGAAAGAACAGGCACAGUUAGCAGAAAAUGAAGCCACCGAGAGACGGGCCCCACAUGUAGCCACUAAAGAAGUGCCAACGCAGGAUAGGCCUGCAUCAUUUCCCCAAUACGAGGAUAUGGAAUCUGCUCCUGGAGCUAAGAAGAGUGGCUAG